UUUCUACCGUAAACCCUCUGCGCGGUUCUCCACCAACUGUGCCUCUCUUUGCCCCUUCUCUUCUCCUGAGAAACUGGGAGUUCAUUUCUAGGGUUUCUCUAUCAGAAUCAUAUCUCUUUGAUUCAUUUCUAGGGUUUGGAAAACCACCACACAGAAGAUGAAUCACCUUAUCAGGAAGUCAGCUUCGAUCGCUUCCUUGGCAUCGAGGCAUACUCGAACUGCUUUGAUCUCAGUAGAGUCACUUCAUUUUGCUCCAGUUGUAAUAGCUACUGAAAAUGUUAAAUGUGUUGUGUUUAGCGGUAAAAUUCGUUCAUUUAUGUCUUCUGAGUUGCCGGUGAAGCAAGAGUUUGGUUUGGGGGUUAGAGGUUUUCAUUUCUUGGCUGCUCCUUUGGCAUUUAGAGCUACAAUAGCUGCUAGAGCGGAAUUUGCGAUUGAUGAAUUCUUUGAUGAGGAGAGGCCUUCGGGGAAGAAGGUUCGUGGAGAGAACGACGAGGGGCUUGAGAUUGCUAAGCUGGGGAUUGCUCCUGAGAUUGUUUCUGCUCUUGCAAAGAAAGGAAUUGCGAAGCUCUUUCCAAUUCAGAAAGCUGUAUUGGAACCAGCAAUGCAAGGCCGUGAUAUGAUUGGUCGGGCUAGAACAGGAACAGGGAAGACUCUAGCUUUUGGGAUUCCCAUUAUGGAUAGAAUAAUUCAGUUCAACGCUAAACAUGGACGUGGAAGAAAUCCUUUGGCUUUGGUAUUGGCUCCAACGAGAGAACUUGCAAGGCAAGUUGAGAAGGAAUUCCAUGAAUCUGCCCCUAAUUUGGAUACACUAUGUGUUUAUGGAGGUGUGCCAAUUUCACACCAAAUGAACACUCUUGAUCAUGGUGUUGAUGUCGUUGUUGGCACACCUGGUCGAAUUAUUGAUCUCCUUAAGAGAGGUGCCUUAAACUUGUCAGAAGUUCAGUUUAUUGUUCUUGAUGAGGCAGAUCAGAUGCUUGCCGUGGGCUUUGAUGAGGAUGUUGAAGUAAUAUUAGAGAAGUUACCCAAGAAACGUCAGAGCAUGAUGUUCUCAGCCACCAUGCCAACCUGGAUAAGAAAGCUCACCCAAAAGUAUCUGAAGGACCCACUAACUAUUGAUCUUGUAGGAGAUUCUGAUCAGAAGUUGGCAGAAGGGAUUACUCUAUAUUCAAUUGUGGCUGACAUGUAUGGGAAAGCAUCAGUUAUUGGUCCCCUGAUAACGGAACAUGCAAAGGGAGGAAAAUGUAUUGUUUUCACACAAACUAAACGUGAUGCUGAUCGCUUGGCAUAUUCUAUGGCCCGCAGUCUUAGUUGUGAGGCUUUGCAUGGGGAUAUCUCACAAAAUCAGAGGGAAAGGACACUUGCAGGCUUUAGGGAUGGGCGCUUCAAUGUCUUAGUUGCCACUGAUGUUGCUGCCCGUGGACUUGAUGUACCUAAUGUUGAUCUGGUGAUACAUUAUGAGCUUCCAAAUAAUUCGGAGAUCUUUGUUCAUAGAUCUGGCCGAACUGGACGUGCUGGAAAGAAGGGAAGUGCUAUUCUAAUUUAUACGGAUUCACAGCAGAGAUCUGUUAGAAUGAUAGAGCGGGAUGUGGGAUGCAAGUUUAAAGAGCUUCCCAAGAUUGCUGUUGAGGCCGGAGAUAGGGAGAUGUUCAGUGAGAUGGGUGGUGGUGGUCGAUUUGGCUCUUAUGGAAGUUCAGGAGGUGGUCGUUCUGGUGGUUCUGGAUUCGGCCGUUCUAGUAGCUUUGGUGGUUCAUCAUCUGGUCGUAUGGGUGGUUAUGGUGAUUCGGGUUCUGGUCGUUUUGGUUCCUUCGGUGGAUCAGGUUCAGGUCGAUCUGGUGGUGGAGCUGGUAGUUAUGGUUCGAGUCGCUCUGGUAACUUUGGUGGUUCUGGGUUUGGCCGUCCCAGUGGUUCAGGUCGUUCUAGCGAUUUUGGUGGAUCUGGUCGUUCAAGUGGAUUUGGGGAUUCUGGUUCAAGAUUUGGUGGAUCCAGUUCUAGACAUUUUGGAGGCUUGAGUGAUGGUACUCUCGAUGAUGAUCGGAAGCCUGCAAGGAAUUCAUUUUAACUUAUUGGAGAUCCUCUGAUGGCCACGAAUUGGAAGGAGGAUUCAAAGAGAGGUCCAGUACAACUUAGAGAAUUUUGUGAUUAACAAGGGAUUGUUGGUGAUAUUCUUAUUCUCAUCCUAUGAAGGGGAUGCAAGUGACUAGAUUUACAAUUAAAAGAGCACAAUUUUGGUUCAUUUUACUGGUAAUAUUAGGUUCAUUUAUAGUAUAGAUUAUUCUUGUUUGUAUCCUAUUUCAAACCCCAAGUGGACAAAUUUUAUUAUGCUAAUCUCAUCCCAUGUAAAUUACGUUUCUCAACAGCCUAAUAUUUCUUGGGUUCUUCCUCA